GCGGUGGGCAGCUGCUGUCACUUCUCGUAAAACAAAAUCCGUUUUUCCAGUCGCUGCGCGUGCGUGUGCCCAAACCGCAGCUUUCGCUUGGGACGUGCUAAUUACGCGGAACGAUGUCAGCCGCGGACCUUCAAGAGGCGGUGUAUCGCGCGGUCGACGAGAACGCUACGGAUCUGCACGGCCUCAGCAGAUACUUGUGGGAGAAUCCGGAGCUUGCGCUGCAGGAGGUGAAGUGUCACAAGUGGCUGACGGACUUCCUCGAAGCUCGCGACUUCAAGGUGACGCGACACUUCCUGCUGGACACUGCGUUCAAGGCUGAAUUCGUCGCUCCUGGAGGUUCUGAUGGUCCCGCGGUCGCCUUCCUCGCCGAGUACGAUGCCCUGCCGGACAUGGGGCACGCAUGCGGUCACAAUCUUAUCGCCGAGAAUGCCAUCGGAGCCGCCCUUGCGGUCAGGGAGGCCAUGAAGAAGUACAAGAGUGUCCGCGGCAAGAUUGUCGUACUCGGAACACCUGCCGAGGAAAGCUGCGGCGGAAAGCAACUCCUCGUCGAAAAGGGGGCCCUGGAAGGCAUCGACGCUGCCAUCAUGUGCCACCCUGGUCGGAGAGACGUGCUGAGGCUGGCCUUCACUGCAACGCAACAGAUGGUUAUCCGCUUCAAAGGCAAGGCGGCUCACGCGGCGGCAUCACCGUGGGAAGGGCUGAAUGCCCUGGACGCCGCCGUUGCCUCCUACCUCAACAUUGGUCUUCUACGCCAACAGAUCAAGCCCACGUCGAAAAUUCAAGGCAUCAUCGUGCACGGCGGAACGUACCCCAACAUCAUACCCGAGGAGAGCGAGCUCAAGUACCACGUGAGGGCGCCCACCACGGACGAACUGGUCGAUCUGGUGCGCCGAGUGGAGAACUGCUUCCACGGAGCCGCUCAGGCGGCGGGCUGCUCGGUGGACAUCGAGAAGGGGACCAUCUACAAGCACGUCAUACAGAACGCAGCCAUAGCGAGGGCGUACAGGAAGCACGCGCAGGCAUUGGCGCAGGCUUCGAGUUCCAGGACGCUGACAUGUCCGAGCAGCCGCCCACCGGUGCGUCGACAGACUGCGGCAACGUGUCGCAUUGCAUACCCACCGCGCAUCCCGUCUACUCGCUGGGCAUUGGGGCCCGCAAUCACACGCGCGAGUUUGCGGUGGACGCCAACUCCGAGAAGGCCCAGGAACCCACGCUCAGGGUGUCCAAGGCCCUGGCCCUUACAGCGCUAGACCUGCUCACCGACCCGCAACUGAUGGACGAGGCACGCAAGAACUUCGCGGAGCACGGUCGAACUCCGUAAGAUAUCGUUACCGCUGGUCUCAGGAACGGAACUUGGACUCACGCUUGUUCUCUUCGAAAUGCCCUAAGCCUUUCGUUUUUAUUAACCUAGAAACGCUGUUUGUUUUCGUGGCUGUUACGUCUCUUGUACAUUAAAGUCUCGUGGAACUUCGUUCGAUGA